AUGUAUAGAUUUAUUGCCAGAUCGUCGGCUUUACGCCAGAGCUCCAUGAGACUCUCGCAAAGAAUGUACUCGGUGAAGCCGGUCAGAAUAGCCAGGCCAUUUUCCUCGAGAAUGGUGUUUGCCGCAGGUUUGGUUCCAGCUGUGAUUGCCUUCUCCAUGCUUAAUGAUAACAGAAUCAACAAUGAUGUUGAUGCCGAAAAGUUAGCUCAAGAAAAGAGUGUUAUUGUUGACAUUGUUUCCGAAGAUGAAGGCAAAGUCAUCGAGGAAGUUGUAGAUAUUGAAGUUACUCCAGAAGAAGUGACUGAAACUGUUGUUGAACGUGUUUCUGAAGAUGCUGGAGCCGAAGAAGCUGACGGUCAAGAGUCCUAUGAAGGUGCCGCAUACAAUCCCGAAACCGGAGAAAUCAACUGGGAUUGUCCCUGUUUGGGAGGCAUGGCCCAUGGUCCUUGUGGAGAAGAAUUUAAGGAAGCCUUUGCCUGCUUCGUGUACUCCGAAACCGAACCAAAGGGUAUCGACUGCAUCAAGAAGUUCGAGGCCAUGAGAUCCUGCUUCAAGAAGUACCCAGAACACUACAAGGAAGAGUUGUACGAAGACAGCGAAGAAACCAGCGAGUUGCCAUCUAAAGAGCAAUCAGAGACCGACUCUACUCCAGUUGAAUCUUCAGAGGCUUCUGCUGAAAUUAGUUCUACGAAGUAA